UUUCAUUUCUUGGUAAAUUUCAAGAAACUAGAACAAUAAGUGCCCUAUUUCCCAAACAUUAUGAUGACUAAAAUUUUGUAUUUAUUUGUUAAUAUUUUAUUAUGUCUAGGAAAGUGCGCCUGUGAGGAAAAUGCCACAGUCAGCAGCCUGAAUAAUGGUACCAAUAAAUUUAUUCGCGAACUCAUUCCCUUAAAAGCCCCGCAAAAUUUAACUCUGCACAAUUUCGACGACAAAGAGGCUGUGAUCUCCUGGGAACCAAUUCCAUCUGAAUCGGUACGAGGAACCUUUAGGGGUUACAUUGUAAGAAUCUGGAACAAUGGUCUGAGCCAAGUCUACGCAAUUCCACCGGAAAUCACCAAAACCUCAGUGCAAUUUUUUCCGUAUUCGAAAAAUUUCAUUGCAGUUUCGGUAAGGAACGACAAAUAUGUUGGACCUAGAAGUGCGGCUAUCAGCUUUGAUGCACCACAAACAGAGCCAGGUAUGCCAUUUCUAUUCGAAUACAACCAGCUGGGAUCCCAUUCGGCCUUACUGCAAUGGAGCAAACCAAAUACGCCGAACGGUAUUUUGUUGGGUUACAAUCUUUACUGUAGCGAAGCUCUGGAAUUUGGCAUCAACGAAAAAUCGACUGUAAACGAAUUUAUCCAGGGUCCUGGAAAUACUCAGGCCAAGAUAACGGGCUUGAAACUAGGCCAGAAGUAUCAGAUCGAAAUUGCUGCAGUGAAUUGUGCAGGAGAAAGCGAACACAAUACUUUGGUAGUAGAAGUGGAGCCUCACCAACCAUACCCACCCUCAAUGCCAUCAUUCAAAUACAAAAUAAACUACAACGCCACGGAAAAAACUGAUUAUUUCCACAAAGAAUGCUCCAAACCUAGAUACCCCUACACACCUCAAUCUACCCUUAGUAUUGACCACAUUGAUGAUGAUUCUUAUAUUUUCAAUGUGACAGCCGAGAAAGUGGUAACUCCUAAACCCUCUACCACCGUUGCCCCUGAACAACUACAACAAGUUACUGCUGGUGAUGAUCCUUGCAUGGUAAAAACCCUAAUAAAAUGGAUACCAGACGUAGUCCACAAUCCUGGCGAAUACUUUUUUAUGAAAUACCGACUGAAAGGCAAUCCCGAUUGGAUCGAAACACCCUCCGAACAGUCUGAAGAUUUUUUAAUUAUAAACAACUUUAACGGCUGUAGAAGCUAUGAAAUCGUUUUGGUGGCUGUUGACGGUGAAUAUAGAACGGAAAGUGAAAUUCAAGAAACUCCAGCUGUAUUGUUUAUGAAAAGAUAUUAAUUUGAUUUUCUAAUAAAAAUAUAUUAUGACUUACCAAUUCUCCUUCUCUGCCAUAUGUUUGAGCUCCUGCAGGUACCUGAUGUAUUAAUGGAAGCAAAUUUUUUGGUGCAGGAGUGGGAGUUGUUUGGGCUACAGCACUAGCUACAGCUUCUAGAGCUGGACAAC